AAAAAACUAAAUUAAUGGUGUUAAAACAACAAUUUGCAAACCAAAAAGUUUGGUACCCUUCCUCAAAAAUUAUAACUAACCCCAUAAUUUUCCCGCGAUCUGAAUCAACGAUUGUUAUAAAUUUGUAACUAUCAUUCAUCACUCAUUUCUACCUCUUCUAUUCUCUUAUACUCUUCACAAAGCAAAGCAUUUUUAUAGAAAGUUUUCUUAUUCCUUCUUAAUUCCCAUUUUUAAAUAAAAAACAAAUUAAAGAUAAAAUAACACAUUGUUGUCAGCAAUUUCAUUUAAAGCUAAUUCCGUAUUCAUAAGAUUACCCAAAUUUCCAAUUUUUUUCCUAAAAUUCUCCAUUUUCUCUCUCUUACAUUGAAUUCGUUACCAUGCCACCGGAAGAUCCAAUGACUACAAAAAUUUAUCCAGGACCAGUAUCAUCAUCAUCCGUGCCCGACAUCAAACACGAUGAUGCCGGAGCACAAUUCGUCCUCGAGUCUAAAGGAAAGUGGUAUCACGCAGGAUACCAUCUGACGACUGCGAUAGUGGGGCCAACAAUACUGGCAUUGCCGUAUGUGUUCAGAGGAUUAGGUUGGGGAUUAGGAUUUUUCUGUUUAACGGUGAUGGGUUUGGUGACGUUUUACGCUUAUUAUUUGAUGUCACUUGUUCUUGAUUAUUGUGAGAGAAAUGGUCGCCGUCAUAUUCGAUUCCGUGAACUUGCUGCUGAUGUUCUUGGGUAUGGCUGGAUGUUUUAUUUUGUAGUGUUCAUUCAAACGGCCAUUAAUACCGGGAUAAGUAUAGGAGCUAUCCUCUUUGCUGGGCAAUGCCUUCAGCUUAUGUACUUGAGUCUCUUGCCAAAUGGCUCGUUGCAGUUGUAUCAGUUCAUAAUGAUGGUGACAGUGGUGUUUAUUGUACUCUCCCAGCUGCCAUCCUUUCACUCUCUCAGAUACAUCAACUUGGGUUCAUUGGUUCUGAGUUUGGGCUAUACCGUCUUAGUGGUCAGUGCAUGCUUAUAUCUAGCUACCUCAAAAAAAGCCCCUCCAAGGGACUAUUCUUUGGAUUCUUCAAAGGCAGUGAGCAUUUUCAAUGCGUUCAAUUCUAUCUCCAUCAUAGCUGCAAUUUUCGGUAAUGGCAUACUGCCAGAAAUACAGGCAACUCUGGCUCCUCCAGCAACUGGGAAGAUGUUUAAAGGCCUUCUGAUGUGCUACUCUGUCAUAUUUGUCACAUUUUAUGCAGUUGCCUUUUCUGGAUAUUAUGUCUUCGGUAACAAAUCUACUUCAAACAUACUUAAGAGUUUCCUGCCUGAUAGUGGACCAGCUUUGGCUCCAGAUUGGGUUUUAGCAAUCGCAGUCAUCUUCAUUCUUCUCCAGCUUUUUGCCAUUGGCUUGGUUUACUCUCAAGUAGCUUUUGAGAUCAUGGAGAAGAAAUCAGCAGAUACAACCCAAGGGAUGUUUUCAAUGAGAAAUUUGAUCCCUAGGAUCAUACUUCGUACAUCAUACAUGGUAUUGUGUGGAUUCUUAGCCGCAAUGCUGCCAUUUUUCGGAGACAUCAGCAGUGUUGUAGGAGCCAUUGGUUUCAUCCCCUUGGAUUUCAUACUUCCUAUGCUUCUCUACAACAUGACUCAUAAACCAUCAAAAAAAUCAACUGUUUAUCUGGUUAACAUUGCCAUCAUCAUCAUCUUCACUGGUGCUGGACUUUUAGGGGCCGUCUCUUCGCUCAGGAAGUUGAUUCUCGAUGCCAAACAGUUCAAGCUCUUUAGCAACAGUAUAGUGGAUUAGUAAUGGACCAUAAGGCGACUGACCACUUGAAAAAGUAAGCUUAACUAAAUGUUAAUCACAUUGUACACUCAAUGUAUACUUGUAUCUGAAAUACAGAUUAGUAUACACAGUCAAGCAUCUUAGUGUUAGCUGUAGUUUUCCACGAUUUUUUUUUCGCUAACUGUAAAGUUUGUUGAGCCACAUCUGUGUGUAGUUUGUGCUUAUUUUAGAGGUGUUACAUACAUUCAGAACAAUGGUAGGAGGAUUGGGAGCUGUUUUCUGUAAAGAAAAUUCUGUCCAACAGAAUGCGCUCUAUGAUUGUUAUUAUAACUCUUAUGUGUAUCAUAUCAAUUAGGCCUAAGAAAUCCAUACAUGAACUGAAGAAG